UUUCGUUCUCAUUUGCUAAUCGUCAGUGGACCAAACUAGUCAUGUUGUGGAAACACUCGUUAUCGAAUUUGUAUUUUCUAAUAUUUUUAAAAUUCAUCAGUUGUUGUCAGUGUAACGCUAAAAGCGUGAACAUAACCCAAAACCAAAGUGAACAUAAUUUAAACAUAGAGAAAAGACAACUGGAGUUUGAAGACUUUACCACGACGGAACUGAUUGAGAAUAUUACAGAAACAAUAUUCUUCGACUCAUCAACAUCGCCGCAUCAGAACGGAUCAGAGUCGAAUGAAACUACUACUGACAUAUUUAUUGAGACUAUCAGUGCUGAAACUUUGGAUAAUGAUCUAGAAAAGAAAGAUGGUACAAAGGAAAAGCCCUCCAAGGAUAAUGGAACAACCACAGAAACUACUUUUAACAGUGGAGAGUUGAUUGUGGAAGCAACUGAAAACAAUGUUGAUUUUAAUGAACUUUCGUCAAUAGACUUAGAGUUUGAGAACACCACUGAGGCCGCGAGUCGGAAAAAGAUGAAGAUAGUGAAGAGUUCACCGAAGGACUUGGUGGAAAGAUGUCCACACUACAAGAAAGGAAACUCCUUUAAUUUAUCCAAGAUGGCAGACGUGUGGCAAGUAGCGUAUUAUAGAUUGCCGAAUAAGUUGAAAUGUUUUAAACUGCACAUAAAGAUGGUGAAGUUUUUGGAGCAACAGCGCUACGCAUCAAUAUUUGGCAACUUCAAUGAAACAGUGCACUGGGAGAAAUGCUUUUUGGAAAUAAAAUCCAGUGAGAAAUUGGACGGUGGUUCCCGCAGACACUUCCUACAAGGAACACAGAGUGACAAAGGCGUGAUGGAUAACAUUAUUAUUGAUGAAGAACAUUGUCAAAACACAACUUAUUUAACUCUGCACCGGGAAAGUGGGGACCAGUGGCUGGUGAUAAAGAAUCUGCUGGUGAUGAGAGAUUGUGACACUGGUGACCUCGUGGUCUUCAGCAGAGUACCUUCGCGACCCAGAAAACAAGAGAUCUUGGAUGCUCUAAGGAUCUUUGGGGAGAACAAACCCAAUGGCACUAUGGCGUGCGAAGAAAAAACCGACAAAUCUUGGUUGAGGUAUCAGGAAGAAACUACGGAGGCCCAUUCUGAAGACGUUAAUUAGGGUUCAAGAAGAAAACAGUCGUAAGUUAAGGUCUGUCGAUGAAUAAUUUUCUGGUGAACGUCCAAUAGAAAUGUUUCUAAAAUGAUUCUUCUGCAUUGCGUUCUUUCGACAGAUGUAAAAUCUUUUUAAAACAAAAUUUUAACUACGAACGCAAUACACAUUUAGGUUAAAGUAAUAUUUGUAAUUGGUCAAUCAGUUACCAGUGCACAUUUCACUUAAUGACCACCAACAAGGAUCUCAGGAGUGGCACGAUUAAUUUUUGGGAUAGACAAGCUAUCUACUAUUGUUCAUUUUAAAAUGGAUAAUUGUCGGUCAACUUCUAAAUUGGCUUUAACUUGUACUUGACUGGCUGGUAGGGGUAGAAUCUUGAUGCAUUUUGAAUGGAGCUUAUGUCAAUUAUCUGUCUCUUGUUGCCAAAUUAAUCCACAGUAGGUAUAUUGAAAAUAACUGCUUAAGAAACAUUGAAAGUUAGGAGUGUAGGAGCUUCUAACUUCUUUUUAGGGCUGAUUUUUCAAUCUGUUAAUUUUUUAUUCAUAGAAUAAUCAGCAUCUGACAGAUUUUUGUUUGAAAAAACUGUCUAAAAUUAAAAAAAAAAAAAAAACAAAAUUCAUCCUCCGAUAACUUUGGAAAAAUCAGCCCUCAGACAAAAUGGCACUUAAGUACUACUGAAAAGAAAAUCUAGUGUAUGGAGAUUGACACAUUUUACAAAAUAUGUCGAACGUAUGUCAAGCCCAUAAACAUAAGUUUUCUAUUCAUUCGUUCAACAAACGCCAUUUGUCUAGGGUAAAAGUAACUCUUUAUCGAUUUUAGAUAAUAAGCACUUUGUUACAUUUUUACACAUUUUUUUAAUAAAAAUGUUAUAUAGUUUUCUUUUGGUUUUCACUCAUAAUAAUAUAUUUUUACUGCUUCGGUGGUCGAAUGUUGUGUACGGGUGCUACUGCUAAGUAUGGGAUCUCGGUUUCAACUCCCAAGUCAGGCAAAAGAUCUUUCUAUCGAUAUACUCAUACUUGACGCAAAAGUUUUUUCUUUUUUUAUGUUAGUAAAAAGGUUAAAAGUACCAGUGUGUAGCAUAUAUUCAGUCUCAUUUACAACUAAAAUUUGAUACAAGGAUAAACUUUAAAACUAAUACACAUGGUGAUGUUUAUUCUAGAGCAAGAUAAACCAUCUCGAAAUUUAUCCUUCACAUGAAAUGUCCAUUAUCUAAGCACUAAACUUCGUGUGCAAUGCGGACAUCUGAGGAUGCCAAAGUUAUGGGUCAAAUAGGAAUAUAAACUGUACUCCUCACAGAAUAGAAUAGAAAUGCUCAGCGAAAUAGAACGAUAUUAUGUGUAGUUUGCUUUUUGGCAGUGUUUGGCACGAUAACGAGGUUUUAGUUUCUCGGGGAAUAUAACUUGGGAGAUAGAACACCGAAUCUUGUUUAGUGAUCUUUGGAGCACAUGCAUGCGUCGUUUUCAUGUAUAUUUGAAGUCAAAAAUUGUCAUAGUCAUACGUUGGGUACGAUUAAA